CACUAUGUGUCUCUGUGUGAGAGAAGCCGACUCUUGUUUACAGCAGAGAUUCCACGGAGGAGCGCGGACCCACAGCCUGCGUUAACUGAGGGCGAACCGUUGGAUUUCAGCCUCUGGAUAUACACGCAGCGGGAGUUUCCGUUUUCUCUCUUUUUAUGAGGAUAAAGACCAAACGCGAAACAUACGCAAAGGGCAACUCCUUGUGGACACAUUCUCCCUCCCAACCCCAGCUGAGGUCGUCUAGCAGGAGAGCUGGAGACCCAUUCUCUUGCGUGGCACAAGUCUGGUGUUUUCUUUCAGCUGCAAAUCCCGACUGACGGCAGAGAUAAGUCCGACCCGAGGAGCUGGACAAUUGGGUUAUAAAGCGACUUCUCACCGAGGGCCAGGACUGCUUUGUGGGGAUCGAGAGCCUGUGCUGGUUAAAUGGCAUAAGCAAAAAAAAAAAAGAAGGGGAAAAAAGGGUUUUCAUUCAUUUUUCAACCUCGCAGCCACCACCCCUGUGGAUCUGGACGUGUUUUCUGCCCCAUUCCUCCCCUCAUACACAAUCACGGGGAUCCUUGUUAGCGACUGGCGUUAAUUUAUUAUGGUGGGAAAGGAUCCCAAUAAUAACAUCUAGUCUGAUAUUUGUUGUGUUGUUAUUACCAGGCCUGAUCGCACUGUACGCGCACUGCUGUUUUCAAGAGAUGGAGACUGAAGAUGGGGAUUACCAUCAUUUAUCCAGUAAAAUCACUGGCUUGUGUGCCAUAACAGCCGACGUCAAAGUAUCCUGUGAUUGGCAAAAAUAGCAGACUGUUUUAUUUUUAUUUUGUUCUUCAAAGGAAUAUCUUAUCAAAGCGAUUUUGUACACAUUUAUUUAUAUUUUUUUAGAGUAAAUCCUGGAAGCCACGCAUUUGCAGGCUGCCAUAGAGUACCCCUUUAGGGCUACAGACAUUUGUUUCCCCUCUUUUUCAUAUUCCUUUUUGAAGAGCUGGUGUGUAUAUUUUUCAUUAUUUUACUUCAAUUCCAUCCCUGCCUUUUUAUUUUUUGAACAUGAGAUCUGACACACGGAUGGGUAGCCCGACCUUGUUUUGGGGUCUGAUGCUCUCUGUCUCUAUCUGCAUCUGGUCCACACAUGGAGAGAUCUGUGGUCCCAGUAUCGACAUCCGAAAUGACAUCAGCGAGUUCAGGCGGCUGGAGAACUGUACGGUGGUGGAGGGCUACCUGCAGAUCCUCCUCAUCAACGACAAGACCAACAACAUCCACCAGGAGGCCUUUCGCUCCCUUAGUUUCCCAAAGCUGGCCGUCAUCACUGACUACCUGCUGCUGUUUCGUGUCUCGGGCCUGGACAGCCUCAGCAUGCUCUUCCCCAACCUGAGUGUCAUACGUGGGCGCAAUCUCUUCUACAACUAUGCCCUGGUGAUCUACGAGAUGACCAGCCUGAAGGACAUCGGCCUGUACAACCUAAGGAACAUCACCCGGGGAGCCAUGCGGAUCGAAAAGAACCCUGAGCUCUGCUACCUAGACUCAGUGGACUGGUCUCUUAUUAUGGAUGCUGAGUUCAACAACGUUAUCAAUGGGAAUAAGAAGGCAGAGGAGUGUGACAAUGUCUGCCCAGGCAUCAUGGAGGAUAACCCUCUUUGUCAGAGGACGUCAUUCAAUGACAACUACGACUACCGCUGUUGGACCUCCAGCCAGUGCCAGAAAGUAUGCCCCAAACACUGCAAGCUUUCCUGUACAGACCAGGGGGAGUGUUGUCACAGCCAGUGCCUGGGCAGCUGUACUGAACCGAACAACGACAUGGCCUGCUCUGGCUGCCUCCACUACUACCACGAGGGUCACUGUGUGCCGAACUGCCCCCCAGACACUUACAAGUUUGAGGGCUGGCGCUGCAUCACCAUGGACCUGUGCUCCCAAGUGCACCUGCUUGGCGAUAUUCACUUUGUCAUCCACGGGGGAGAGUGUAUGCCCGACUGCCCCUCUGGCUUCACACGCAAUGAGACAAAUCGUAUGUUAUGCAAUGCCUGCAAUGGCCCGUGUGAUAAACCCUGCACAUCGCCUGUCAUCGACUCUGUGGAUGCUGCUCAGUCCCUGAAGGACUGCACCGUCAUCGAAGGCAACCUGAACAUCAACAUCCGCCGUGGAAAUAACUUAGCGUCUGAGCUGGAGAGCUUCAUGGGAUUGAUUCAGAAAGUGACGGGCUAUGUGAAGAUUCGUCACUCCCACGCACUUGGCUCGCUGUCCUUCCUCAAGAGCCUGCGUUACAUCAAUGGGCAGGAACUCAUCGACAACAUGUAUUCGUUCUCCGUUAUCGACAACCAGCACCUGCAGUACCUGUGGAACUGGACUCAACACAACCUGACGAUUGGGAAUGGACGUCUCUUCUUCCGUCUGAACCCCAAACUCUGCAUGUCUGAGAUUCACAAGAUGUGGGAGAAGACAGGCAUUGCUGUGAAGCCAGAGGAGGGAGAUUUCCGUAACAACGGCGAACGGGCCAGCUGUGAAAGUCAUAUCUUGAAGUUCAAAUCUAACAUCACAUUAAGCCAUACGAUCAAGCUGGCAUGGGAGCGCUACCGGCCGUCGGACUACAGAGACCUGAUCAGCUUCAUAGUCUACUACAAGGAGUCCCUGUUCAAGAACAUCACAGGGUUUGACGGGCAGGAUGGCUGUGGCUCAAACAGCUGGCACAUGGUGGAUGUGGACUUCCCUCAGGAUAAAAACGAUGACCCUAAAGUCAGUCUUCAACAACUCAAGCCCUGGACCCAGUAUGCUAUUUUUGUAAAGGCCAUUACCCUGCAGGUGGAGGACAAACACAUUACUGGCGCAAAAAGUGAUAUCAUCUACAUUCGCACACGCCCAUCGCUGCCGUCUAUGCCCAAAGACGCCCGUGCAUACGCCAACUCCUCAACCAGGCUAAUGGUGAAGUGGUCACCUCCUGCCUUUCCCAACGGCAAUCUCACUUACUACCUGGUCCGCUGGCAGCAGCAGCCUGAGGACAGGGAGCUCUACCAACAUAACUACUGCUCCAAAGAGCUGAAGAUCCCGAUCCGUAUCCCAGCCACAGGCUUCACGGACAUGGAGGACAACACCAAGCCCACCAAGUCAGACCUGGCAGGGGCAGAGAAGGGCCAAUGCUGUGCUUGCCAGAAGACGCCUGAGGAGAAAGACAGGGAGAAGGAUGACCGGGUCUUUUUAAAAAUUUUCGAGAACUUCCUUCACAAUGCCAUCUUUCUGCCGAGACCUCCAGAUCGUCGACGUAGAGAUGUUUUUGGUUUGGCUAACAACACACUGCUCUAUGACGGUGUUGGCAGGGGGAACACCACCCUUGGUCUAGGGGAUAACAGUACAGAUGGCAUUCCUCCCAUCAGGGAGUACCCCUUCUCAGAGGACAAGGGCACAGCAGAAUAUUUAGAGAUCCCCAACCUGCAACCCUUCACUGUCUACCGCAUUGACAUCCAUGCAUGUAACGAGGAGGUUGGGCGCUGCAGCGCUGGAGCCUUCGUCUUCUCCAGGACCAAACCGGCAGUCAAAGCAGAUGACAUCCCUGAAAAGGUGAUCUAUGAGAGGAGUGACAAGGUUGAGGGUUGUGUGAUGCUGCACUGGCCAGAGCCCUUCAUGCCCAACGGUCUCAUCCUGAUGUAUGAGAUCAAGUUCCGUGUGGGGACAGAGCCUGAGAAACAUGAGUGCGUGUCACGGCAGCAGUACCGCGAGCACCAAGGAGCCCGGCUGACCAACCUGGGCUCAGGGAAUUACUCUGCUCGCGUGCGCGCUACUUCACUAGCAGGAAACGGCUCCUGGACCGAGAGCGUGUUCUUCUACGUGCCUCCGCCCAAACGAGACGAUGUUGUUACGUUCUACUUGGUCAUCAUAAUUCCCAUUAUAGUGACAGUUUUCAUUGCUGGCCUCACCACGAUUGUCUUCUUUGUGAACAAAAAGAGGAAUAGCGACAGAUUGGGGAAUGGAGUCCUUUACGCGUCUGUCAACCCCGAGUACUUCAGUGCUGCUGAAAUGUACGUCCCAGAUGAGUGGGAGGUGGCCAGAGAGAAGAUCACAAUGCACAAGGAGCUGGGCCAGGGCUCCUUCGGCAUGGUGUACGAAGGCCUCGCCAAGGGAGUGGUCAAGGACGACCCGGAGACACGAGUGGCCAUCAAGACAGUCAAUGAGACGGCCAGCAUGAGGGAGCGCAUUGAGUUUUUGAAUGAAGCCUCUGUCAUGAAGGAAUUCAACUGUCACCAUGUGGUGCGGCUGCUGGGUGUAGUCUCUCAGGGACAGCCAACCUUGGUGAUUAUGGAGCUGAUGACCCGUGGAGAUCUCAAGAGCCACCUGCGCUCUCUGCGCAAAGAAAACUCCACCAGCCAGGUCCUACCCCCGCUCAAAAAGAUGAUCCAGAUGGCAGGGGAAAUUGCAGACGGCAUGUCGUACCUAAAUGCCAACAAAUUUGUCCACAGAGAUCUGGCUGCCAGGAACUGCAUGGUAGCGGAGGACUUCACUGUGAAGAUUGGAGAUUUUGGCAUGACCAGAGAUAUUUAUGAGACGGAUUACUACCGAAAAGGAGGGAAGGGCCUGCUGCCUGUCCGUUGGAUGUCUCCAGAGUCGCUGAAAGAUGGCGUGUUCACUACAAUGUCUGAUGUUUGGUCAUUUGGUGUUGUGCUGUGGGAGAUUGCCACCUUAGCAGAACAGCCUUACCAGGGCAUGUCUAAUGAACAAGUGCUGCGCUUCGUCAUGGAGGGAGGUCUCUUGGACAAACCUGACAACUGCCCUGAUAUGCUGUUUGAGCUGAUGAGGAUGUGCUGGCAGUAUAAUCCCAAGAUGCGUCCGUCCUUCCUGGAGAUCAUCAGCAGCAUCAAAGAUGAACUGGAUCCUCCCUUCAGGGAAAUGAGCUUCUUCUACAGCGAGGAGAACAAGCCGCCGGACACCGAGGAGCUGGACAUGGAGGUAGAAAACAUGGAGAACAUUCCACUGGACCCUGCAUCCACCAGGCAGCCCCCUGCUGCUGCUGCUGCUGCUGCUGCUGCUGCUGCUGCUGCUGCUGCUGCUGCCGCCAACGCGCCUUCGUCAGGGUGCACAGGAGGCACGCCGCCUCCUACUACCCAGCAGUUAUCCCCCAUGCAAGGCCCGAGUACUCCAUUAUUGGGACCCAUGUCUCCCUCCUCCCCGGGCCCGGUUGCCUCAGCCUUGGCGUCUCCAGGCCAAGCCUUGGACAAGCACUCAGGACAUGUUUCGGCCAACGGGCCUGUGGUGGUACUACGGCCCAACUUUGACGAGAUGCAGCCCUAUGCACACAUGAAUGGGGGCAGAAAGAACGAACGGGCGUUACCACUGCCCCAGUCGUCGGCCUGCUGAUAUCAGAUCAGCCCCUCCUUCUCCUCCUCUUUUUACACAGGGUAACACAAACCUCUCCUCCAUCUCUUAAGGAGGGAUGGAUGAGGUAAGAAAUGACUCUCUUCUACUGUGUGCCAGUAGAUGGUCUCUCCACUCCUUUAAGGUCGAACAUAAACUCUAAAAACUGAGAAAAAGUAGAGCGUUUAGGAGUUUGGCGGCUCAGACUCGACACUGGGGAACUCCUUCCUGUGCCGCCUGUGUUUCAGUCGUUGUUACAUAAGUCCUUCGAGAAGGAAAACAAUACAGGCAUGUAUCCUGACAUACAGAUUUAGACAUAAAAUGUAUGAAAAUCUUUUUUUAGCAUAUCUGCCAGCAAAUCCAACAGAAGAGCACUUUUUUUCCUGAUGAUUUCAGAGAGGAUGUUGUGGAUAACUGAGUGUGUAUUUAUACGAAAACACGUGAUUCUCUCUAUAAUAUGGCUUCAUUUCUAAAAGACUUUCCAUCAAAAUGACUUUGUUUGCAUGAGCAGGUCAUCUCAUGUCAUGUGAGGAUGCCUCAAUUAGGAAGUUUGGACUAAGAUCAUUGUUUCUGUUUCCUGUUGAUAUCUCUAUGAUCUCGUCAGGAGCGGGUCAAAAUGGAAGCGGAGGGCCUAUUGUGUAUCUGCCAAACUAUUGCCAAAUCAAGCUUUUUCUUCAGUUUAUAAAGGUCUCCCUUCUUGUUUAAGGCGGUGUUUCAGAGUUGAGACUGUCUGGUGAACAAUACCAGAGCUGUUUGGUGGUUUUCAGACUUCAUGCUUAUCUUGGGUACUAGCUGCUCCUGGACCAGCUGUGUGUGUGUGGGGGGGGGGGUUAACACAGGACAGAAUACAGUGGUACUGUUGAGAAAGGCUGCAUUCACUCCUGCAGUCAAAGUUGUCUCAGUGUAUGCAGCAUCUGCAUUGGGGGGCAGAAUAAAUCUAGCGAGCAUUGAGAUACUUGGAGGAGAAACGUGUCACUAAAUUUCUUCUAAGUGAAUUGCAUAAAGAGAGGCCAACACAAAAGCAGGGCUGUUUGAUUUAGGAUUUGAAAUGUAAGCAAAGGCCUCUUUUAAUCAAAUUUAAAGUUCAUGUUUUUCAAAUCAAUUAAUUGACACAAUACUGGUAAAAAUGUAUCUGAAAAUGGAAUAAACAGGAAUUUUACUAAAAUAACUUUUUAAAUGUUAUUAUAUUUAUUAAGUUGAAACAAUUAAAAACAUGCAACUGAUUUGGUAAUUGAUUUAAGUCAUUUUUCUAAACAAACAGCCAGAUUUGAUUGGUUCUCCAGCUCCUCGCGUGUAAUGAUUUGCUGCUUUUCUUUUGUGGUAAACUGGAUUUGUUUGGGUUUUCCCCCUUCAUCCCUUGAACAGCUGGGGAAAGAACACAUAUCACUUAAAUCAGCCAACUCUGAAUCACAGCCUCAGUCUGUCUUUGUUUUAGUCGAAAAAAAAAACAAAUCUAAACAAAGCAUCACAAGUUUCACACUGCAAGUUACUGAACUUCAUAAUCAAGGGAUACGGCUCUGCCUCCACGUCAUAUAUUCAAACCUCAUCUGACAUCUUGUAAACUGUGCAUCUCAUGUGGGAGGUGAACUUUGUUCUCUCUGAUGCUGCUCUUCAAAUUAAAUGGCACCAAAUAAUUUAGUAAUGCAAACAGAGUCGAAGACCGGAGACGGAAAGCGAGAAGGCAUUGGAUCAGAUUUCAGUAGCCCAGAGACGACUUUUAAAUCACAGCAGGUCUCUUUUAGAAUAUUCAUUCGUUUCUCUACAUUUCAAACACAUCUAAAGAUCUUACGGUUGUAUUUUAGACUGCAGGAUCAUUUUUAUACACAUCAUUGGUUUUGUCACUUUUUUAAACCUUUUUACAGUUCAAAAUGUAUGCCUCUAUGUCUGUACAGAACAAAGCUGCUAUUUUUAUUCUUUUUCUCUUUUGGAUGUUAUAUAUAUGUAUAUAUAUAUAUAUAUAUAUAUAUAUAUAUAUCCUUCAGGUUUGGUAUUUUAUGGUCUCCACUACAGUCCAUUUCUUUAUAUCUUCAAACUGUUUAAAAAAAAAAAGAAAAAAAAAAAAAAAGAUGAUUUAAAUACAAAAGCAUUUUUUUUCUGUUACCCCAAAGGUUUUUCUGUAACACUAUAUUUUGUUCAUUGCCUUUUAUUUUUAUGAAAUCUUUCCUCCUGUAUUUGUUUCAUGGAUGUCUAUAUUAUUAUUAAUAUUAUUAUUAUUUGGAAUGGACACCUUAGCUCGAUCUGUGAGCGUGUACUUUCUGCACCCUUUUUGUACUUGUUGUCUAGCACUGCGCCUAGCAUUGCCCUCUAGGUGCAACUCAAUCUCAGGUCAAAGUAAAGGCUUUGCUUUCUCCACACAUUCUCAUGAUCGUCCUCUACUUGUACCUCCCCCUCCCCCCCAUCAUGUUUUGUUGAGUCCAGUAGUGUCCUCUCUCUCUCCCCUCCCCUUUUGAAGUCAGUGCACGAGAUAUUUACACCAGAUCUGGUAUUUUAACCCAUCCAUUUCUUGCCUCCCCUUGAAUCAAUAGGGCUGAAUGGGUUGUCUUAUUUGCCUUAAAUAUGCCAACCAUAAUUCCAAAUCAGAUUUUCUUUCUCCCUUUUUUUUUAUUACAUCAACACUCUCAAGCGCAAUACAACGCCACUUCUGCUAAUGUUACUUCAUCAAAGUGAAAACCGAUCUUAUUGUUUGUCUCCAUGAUCACUGCUUCUGAAAACCAAAUAAUGGAUGGAUUAAAGUCCAGGGAAGGGAACACAUUUCACCGUCAUGAAUGGAAAAGGCUCUUAAAUGGAGGCUGAGUAGUGAAAGUGUUUUGAAGGAGUUCUCCUAGUCUUUUUUGAAAUGUUGCCUUGUGAUUUUUCCCCCCUCUCUUUGAAAUUUUUUUUUCUCUGUAGGAGUGUUAUUUAUUACUUUUUUUUAUUUUCCUUUUGUGAUAUCAGUUUAAAUCACUGUAUAAAUGCCCCAUGAUUCAGUAUAAAGUUGGAUUUUUUUUUGUAUGUAUUUUCUUUGGUGUCAUGACUGGGGGACUUUAAAAGUUUUUUUAGUUUUUUGUUUGUUUUUUUCCUUCAAGUAUAUAUCUACCUCACUCUUUUUUGAAUGAACGUGUAUGGAAAACAAGUACAUCUCACUUUCAUCAGUUUGUAUAGAAACCUCAUCAUCUGGAUAAAACCCACAGGGAUCUAGAUAAACCUCACAAAGACAACUUGGACAGGAGAUGGAAUAUCUGUGUUGCGAGUUCAGUCCACCGAUUUUAGGCCCAGUGGUUUACAAAAAGUAAGUGUAUACCUCUGAGAAUACAUGAGAGGACUUCGGUACAGUGCGCUUUAGUUCUCCGCAGAAUCAGUUUAAAUUGUUGUCGGGUAUUUUACAUAAUUAUGUCAACCUACACUUAAAUUUGACUGGAUACAGUGUAAAAAGGCUGAGCGCAGGUGCAGUUUAAGAGACCAGGGCACAACGUCAACAUCAAAUAUCCCAUCUCCACUGACUACCAACAUAUUGUCACAACCUUUAAAUCCUCAAAAGACAGAAAACUUAAUUUUUUUCAUCUAAAAUGCAUUUAUAAUAGAAGUCCGAACGGUUAUCAUGGGGAAUAUUUAAAAAGGGAAAAAAUGUUUUAUUGAUCUCCAAGAAAAACAAUGUGUUGGCUGCACGGUAACAGCACAACUCAAACAUCCAAAUGUCAUCCACACUCAAAAAUGAUAUUCUGUUAUGUAUAUGGGUCAGUGCUAUGAAUGUAACAAAGAGCGUAGAGAUAGCAGCAACUCCACCUACAUGUUUCUAUCUUCAGAGAAAAUGGAGAAUUUCAAUCAUUUGUCAGUCAAUGUUAUGUCCUUUUUUUUUUUUUUACCUUGUAAACUCUUUGUUUUUAAGUGCACACCAUCACUUCCCCUGUCCAAGUCUAUUUGCUGUGCAGAAUGCCAUGGGAUUCGAGCUCUAGACACAGAUCAUUUUCACCAGUUUCUGACUUUUUGAUCAUUACAAUGCCUCUCUGGCCUAUUUCUACGGCUACUUACACUAAUGCUGCUGGUUAAAACAGUCACCUCAGUGGAUCUUAUAUUGUCAUCAAAAAUGUUAAGUGUGAAGGUGGCAAAGAAGCUUUUACAUCUCAAAACGUCUCAUAAAAACUUCACUUCUACUCCCAGCGGCUACUUGGAGAGUGCUGUCUCAGUGCAAGGGCUUCUGGGCUGGAGGCAUACGGUAAUUUGAAAAUACAUGUUGAAAUUAACACCCGGAAGCAAUAAACAAAAUGGGAUUAUAGAUAACAUUGUGAAAUCUGGGUCCUGAAUUUAGUUUCUUCUCAAGCUUUUUUUUUUUCUGUGCAUGAUUUUAAGAGAAUCGAAGGGUAAAGUAUUUUUGGUUGAAAAACUGAUUGCUGCUGAAUAUCACAUCGGUACAGAAAUCACCACUGACAAGCAAACAGCUUGUGUAGUUACUUUACAUAUCUGUGCAUUUAUGUUUUUCCAUUUGGAUGUAUGUAAUGAUAAAAUACAAAUGUUCCAGUUCUGGGAGUAGAUGUUACAUUGACCUGUUGACCUGUGGAAUUACUGGUUAACAUUAGAUCAUAAACACAGCAUUUAAAUCAACAGGACCCAUGUCCCAUGUAUGGGACAGGGAUGUUGCGUAGAUUACGGGUAGUCAUGGUUAAGAGUAAACGACAUGAUUAGAAAAAGAUGAUAGGUCUAGGUUUACAGCUUCACACUAUAGUUGCUUUUUUUGCAUUACCAGAUUAAUUAACUAACUUAAAAAACUUUCAACUUAGUCAUCUUUACCAUUUUUAUUCUUCUGAAUGCAAACCUCGGGUUUAUGGAGGAUGCGUCAGUGCAUUCAAACUGCAAUAAUAAGUUUGAGGUUUAUCAUUAUCAUGCCUCUGUUUUUAUGAUUUGCAUUCCUAUACCUUCUGAGGGGGCCUUGAUUUACUACUAGUAUUUCAUUACAAUACUUUCACAAAA